AUGCGCUGCUGCUUGCUGCUGAUAGGUGUUGCUGCUGCUGCGGGGUGUGGAGUCCCCCCUGCAGCAGCAGCAGCAGCAUCAUCACCAUCACAAUCCUUCGAAAAGCAGCAACAGCAACAGCAACAGCAGCAGCAGCAGCAGCAGCAGCAGCUGUUGCUACAGGAGCAGCUUGCUGCUGUAGAUGACAUAUCCUUUGAUGAAUUUCUUGCUGCAGGAGGAAAUCUUGGUGAGGAUGUAUCGCCCUUCGAUAGCAGCAGCAGCAACGGUGCUGCUGCUGCUGCUGCUGCAGCAGGCAGCAACAACGACAGCAGCAGCAACGGGAAUGAAGAAAAAGGAGGAUGGAGUUUUAGCAGCAUAGUUGCUGCAGCAGAAGCAGCAGGAAAGGUAUUAACAGAGUCAUUGUUGGGUAUAGGAGGAGAGCAGCAGCAGCAGCAGUAUGAUGAUGAGCAGCAGCUGCUGCUGCCAGAUGAGCUACUGCAGCAAGAGCUGCUAAGGGAGCUGCAGCAAGAAGAGGAGGAUGAGCGGCAGCAGCAAUAUCCUGGUGUACAUACACCUGUAGAUAUAGGGGAAUUAUCAUCAGCAGCAACAGCAAGUGCGGCAGCAGCAGUUGCUGCAGCAGGAGAGCAGACACAGAAGCUAGCAGCAACAGUAGCAGCAGCAAGUAUGCAAGCACAGCAGCAACUGCAGCAAUUAUAUGAUGGUGCUAUUAAGCAGGCACAAAAGAUAGCAGCAGCAGCAGCAUCAACAACAGCAGCAAAAGAUCUGCAGCACGUGCUGCUGCUGCUGCAGAGAGGAGACAGAUUGUCUCUUGAUGAUGCUGCUGUUCGUCGUUGUGCUCAUGGCCUCUUUUCUCUACUUGCUGUUGCUGCAGCAGCAGCUGCUGCUGCUGCUAGUAAUAAUAAUAAUAAUACUAUUGGUAGCGGUAGUGGUGCAGCAGCUGCUGCUGCUGCUGCAGGAGCAGCAGCAGCAGAAAGGAAGCCGCUGCAGUUCUUCCUUGAUGUGCUGCGAGAGUUCACCAGCAGCAGCAACAGCAGCAGCAGCAGCAGCAAGAGCAGCAGCAAGAGCAGCAGAAGAAGACAUAGAAGAAAAGCAGCAAAACGACAAAAUCAAGAUGUGCUGCAGCUGCUGCAGCAGCUGCUGCUUGGUGACAACAGUGGGGAGGAGCAGCAGCAGCAGCAGGAACAGCUGCAGCAACAGCAGCAGCUGCAGCAAGACAACGAACAAAUGUUUGCUGCUCUUCUUGAUGCUGCUGCUAAGGAAAAGGGAAAGGAUGCCUUGUUAGAGCAGCAGCGGCUGCAGCUGCAGCAGCAGCAGCAGCUACUUGAUGCUAUGCAGCAGCAAAUUGCCUUGCUGCAGCAGAAGCAGCAGAAGUAG